AUGAGAAAUGGAGAUAAUUUAAUCAAUAAACCAUUUGGAUGUUUAGAAGGAACCACAAUUGCUUGGGAAUUGCACGUUUAUCCAAAUGGUAAAGGAAUAACAGAUAUUGGCUGUGUUUCUUUCUUUUUACAACAAACGGGCUUGCAGGAUAGUAAAAAUCUCAUAUUGGUGGAAUUUCAAAUUUACACCUUAGAUGUGAAUUCAGCAAAAGUUCACAUGUAUAAAAAUAUCAAUCGUUUCAUCAAUCAACAAGAGCAUGGGCUGUAUCAGAUUACGCAAAAUUAUGCGAUGACAGCAUUGAAGAAUGAUGGAUCUUUACUUGUAAUUUGCGAAAUCGAAUAUUCGUCGCCCAAACCAAAAAUUAGCGUUGAACAAGAAGUGAAAGCAGAACCUUUGGAUGAAAAGAAUGAG